AUGGAGGUUGAGGAUGUGGUGAUUUCAGAGGUCGAGGUCGAGGAAAUUAAGGUCAAAGAAAAUUUGAUGAGAGUAAUUCAAACUCUAAUUGAUCAAGAGGUUGGGGAAGACAAAAUUAUUCGAGGUCAAAUGGAGAAAGAUCAAAUAAUGAAAAAAGAUAUGAUAAAAGAUGGGUAUAAAGUAGAAGAAAAUGCAACUUAUGCUGAGAAAUAUGAAGAAAGCGGUGAGUCAUCUUUUCUUCUAGCAUGUAGGGGUGAAAAAACAUUUGAAAAUAAUACAUGGUAUCUUGAUAGUGGUGCAAGCAAUCACAUGUGUGGAUGUCAGUCAAUGUUCGUGGAACUUGAUGAAUCUGUUGGUGGUAAUAUCAUAUUUGGCGAUGCCACAAAAAUUUCUGUUAAAGGAAAAUGUAAGAUUUUAAUCAACUUGAAGAAUAUGAAGCAUGAGUUUAUCUCUAAUGUUUAUUAUGUGACUGAUAGGAAGAACAAUAUUUUGACUUUGGGACAACACUGA